ACUGUCAACAAACGAGAGAGCGUGCCGGUGUGACGCGGAUAGGAGCCCGCGGGCGGCGGCGUGCACUGUAGAACCCAACCUGCGGACAGAAAAGAAACAGGGACAGUAAAUACUGCGCACGUACACCGGGGAGACACGACUAACUGUAGCGAGGAUGGCGUCACUCAGCCUGGGGCUGCAUGUAGCUCGCAAACGGGGCGCUGCCAGAAGCGGAGCUGUGGAGAGGAGGAAUCUACUGACUGUCUGCAGGUUUUCAGUGAAGACGUUGAUUGACCGCUCCUGUUUAGAGACGAUAGAUGACUCGUCUCCAGAGUUCACCAACUUCGUCUCCAUCCUGGAACAGAUCCUCAGUCACAGACUCAAAGGUCAGACUAUGUGGUUUGGUUAUGAGAGUCCUCGUAGUUUCUGGGACUAUGUGAAGGCAGCCUGCAGUAAAGUCUCUCACAGCUGCAUCCACAGCAUUGAGAGCAUGGAGAAUGCACGGUCCUCCAGAGCUAAGGGCCGGGCGUGGAUCAGACUGGUGCUGAUGGAGAAGAGGCUGUCUGAGUACAUCUCCUCCGCCUUGAGGGACUUCAAAACCACCAGGAGAUGGUAUGAGGAUGGGGCCAUCAUGCUAGGUGAGGAGGCGGGGCUGCUAGCAGAUACACUCAUCUGUCUCAACACCAUCGACUUCAGCUUCUGUCUGAAAGGGGAGGGGCUGAAUGGAAGCUGCCCAGCGGUGAUUGACUAUACGCCCUAUCUGAAGUUCAUCCAUAGUGCAGACAGCAUCAGCAGUGAUGAGGAGGAGUUGAGGACCCUGGGGAGCAGCGGCAGCGAGAAGAGCACCCCUGAAAAGAUGGCCGCCAGUACUGCGGCGGCCAUCUUCACUGAGCAGAGCAGCUGGGUCAGCAAGUGUAAACGACUAGAGCAGAAAUACCGCAUGGCACUGGAACAGAAGUGUUAUCUGGAAGAGAUGGUUCGUCUGAGAGAGGCCCAGCUGUCUCAAGCGAUGUCCCAGAACAAAGCUCUUCAGCAGAGAUUAACAGACACACACCUCUCACACACACUGGAGAAGGAACAACUAGAAUACAUCGUACUGGAGCUCCAGGACCAACUGACGGUGCUGAAGAACCAUGACUUGAGGUCCAGACAAGAACUGACCGCACAUCUGACCAAUCAGUGGCCUUCACCCGGUGCCAUGGAUACCAAUGCUGUUGCCUUGGAUACCAUGCUGUACAGGAAUAGGGUGGGGCAGUGGGAGGAGAAGAGUUUCCAGAGCCUAGAGCAGAUGUCUGCUGCUAUGAGUCUGUCCCAGACCUCUCUGGAGCCCUCACACACACUCAACCUGGACACCAGACCAGCCAGCUCACAAUGGCACCACCACGGGAAGGAGGACACCCCCUCUCUGAUAGGUCUGUGUGGGUCUCUGCAGUCAGUAGCCAGCUAUAAGUCUCUGGCCAGCCUGAAGUCCAGUGAGUGUCUGGUCAGCCCCACCACAGAGAUAACCAGUCCUGGCCUCACCCCGUCCUAGAACCAGAGACCAAGAGACCCAGCACAUGGCCUGGAGAAAGAGAGCCAGAUGAUUUGGAUCCUGGAAUCUGGAAUUGGAACUCAGACUUUUGAAUAACAUUCCACCCCAUCCCCUCCUAAACCAAGAUAUCUAACCUCGUUCCCAGGCUCAAUUGAUAGAUUACCAGAGAUACAACACAGGGCGUAGAAUCAGACAACUGUGUGCAUAGAGAUGUAUUGAUUUAUUUAUUGGAAUUUCUAUGAGUAUACCACCUGGAAUCUGGAUCCAGGAGCUCAGAGUUGAAGAAGGAACACAGAGCUCAAAACAUGGGAGCCGCAGUCAAUCAUUUGGAAUUUAGAACCCGAACUGACCCUGGAACCAGCGCUUCAGUAGUCAGUCCUUCAAUGUAAGCGCAGAGCCGUUGAAAAAAACAGAACUGUAUGACCAGGACCGACCUCAUGUUUAUUUAUUAGUUUGUUGUAUAGCUGCACUGAUAGGAAAACAACUGCAUAGUUGAAAGCCAGUUCCGGGUAGGCAUCUGCCAUACUGCUGUCACCUAUCUUAUGUGUUCAGAUCAGUGCAGACAAGGAGAAGAGACGAGAACGGCACUUUACACUAUUGGGAUGCAGCCUUUUUGUUGUCACUAAAGUGGAGGUCUUUCCCUUGGCCAGCAGGGAGAGUGUUCUAUCACAAGAUGGCUAGAACCACAAAUGGUUCUGUGUUUUAGUUAGAAGUAUCUUUGACCUCUGACCUCUAAUAAAACGUUAUGGACCCCU